CUAUUGAGCGGAAAUUUCAAAGAUGAAAUAUCGGGAGAUAUUUUCAAAUCCUUUAGAUUUCCCUCUGUGACUAACGAAUUGUCAAUAACUCUGCGAUUAAACGUUCAGCGUCUUGAUUCAGGUUGGCUGAGUAUCUUUCAAAAAGGAAUAAAUAAUAAUAAUACUCGAACUCCCGGUAUUUGGCUAUGUCCGAACACCACAAAACUUCAUCCUAGAUUCUCGAUAAAUGAUAAUUGGAAUUUUGGAAUUGACGAAAUCUCCAUUGGACUUAAAUUAAAUAAAUA